CUCCGCCAGUCGCGCGUCACAUGUCGGUCACAUGUGCUUGAUAAAUGAUACUUCCCAUUGGAGUAUUCAUAUCUGGUUUGAAAAGCCUGUCACGCCUCGGAGAAUCAGAUAAAACAUAAUACGUCGUGGUUUUUGCCACCCCCUAGGGAAUCUCCCUAGUUAGUUUUCGAGAAACCAAAGUCGGAGAGUCAGUUUGGCAGUGUGCGUGUGUGUGUGCGUAUUCAUGGCAUAUAUUGUUCUUAACAAAACUUGUUGGUUGUAUCCACUGUUGAUGAUUCUUAUUACACACGAGCGCCGCAACGUGUUACUGUUGAAAACAGUUUAUCAAUCGUCCAAGUAUGGGAUGUUGUUAUAGCUUUUGUAAAGAGGACAGCGGACCGCAGAGCGGGGAAAUAAAUGAAAGGACACACUUGUUGGUAGACCCCGUCAGUAACAGUACGAACAUACCCAGAGUACACAGCGACGAUUAUGUUAAUCAAUAUGCAAGUUCCGCGCCCAAGAAGACGGACGAACAAAGUGCACUGAAUAGAAUUUUACACGAGACUGCGGCCAAUGUGAUAGAUGUUGGAGCGUUGGAUUCGCAUAAUUUGGAGCAGCACGAAUACAUAGAUAGGUCGCGUACAUAUUCAAAACGCAUAGAAACCGGAGGCGUUAAAGUCCCUGACAGUACGUCUUGCCUACUCAAAGAUAUACCGGCUCCAGAAAAGAUAUUAGCAGCCGAUCCUAUUUCUGUCGGAGAUCAUGAAUUGAUCACCGAAAUGCUCAAUAAAGCUGUGACAGCGUUAGAGGACGUAAAAGUUGAGCACAAAGAGGACUUGGUAGUUCCUUUCUUAUCAUGAUCUUGCAGUAUUUCCUAAGUAGGAUCACAGCUACGUCCUGCUUGAGCGAAACCCUAACGCAUGAUAUUGAAAACCAUACAUCCUUUCGAAAUCGAUUUUCAGUAAGAUAAUCUGAAAUUACUCGGAACAUAAAUAUCAUUUAAGAAUUACAACGCAGUGUAUCAUAGAGUCGAGGUACUAUUUCUCCGCAAGGACAUGCCAACGACUGAACAGUUUGCAUAAAAGAUUAUUUCGAAAUGUUACAAGCUAUGAUAUUUAAAAUGAAAAAACAGUCCCCAGAUGGAAAGAACUGAAUUUGCUAAUGCUAUAACUUACAUGCGAUAUUGUAUAAUACUAAUCCAUUGUUAUUGCUCUUCGCUGUGUGUGGUAGGAAACGAGUAACACGAAGGUUAUUUUGUCGCUGACAAAUGUAAUUGUAACAUAGGUUUAAAGUUUAUCGAGAGAUAAUUUUUAUAAACUGGUGAAAAUGUUUUCAGUUUUCGAUCAAUAUUGUACAAAAAAUUUCUAUCAAUUUCUAACGAAAUAUUCAACAUUGAUUAGAUAACAGUUACAGUAACAGUAAACAGUCAGGGAUGGAUGAAAUAUUUCUCAUUUAUAUAUUUAAAAUUGUAUUUUUAUUUUGUCUCGAGCAAACAUAAACACUUAAUUUAUUCAGAUAAGGAUUUGUAACAGUUAGAUUCUUAUCGAUUAACUUUAUUAUUAAUGUUAUGUUAUUUAAUAAUGGGCAACGUUCUCGUGCACACUUGGUGUUUAUUAAAAUUUUGUUAUAUUUUUCUAAAGCUGUGUUAGUUGUUAUAUAUUUUUCAUUCUUCGUUCAUUUACACCCAUUGAACUGAAAACGAAUCAUUAAAAGAUCACGUAUUAUUUUGUGAAUAAUGAAAAAUCAAAUAAAAAUUGUUAUAUAAGCAAUAAAUGGCGACUAAAAGUAAUAUAAAUCGUAUUUGUUAUGCUAUUUAAUAGAAGUAACCGGAAUUGUAAAAACGAGCUAAAUUUGUUGCAAGAGUUGUAUAAAAAUCUUUAAAAAAAUGUCAAUGCUUUUGAGCGUAUUGUAUUCUACAGAAACUAAUCGUAUUAAAGAUUUUAUUUCUAACGUACAUCUUCUCACAUUUAUACUUUUCAUACGGUAUAAUUGUUCAUCGCUGGUAAAUUAUUUA